AAAUAGGAACUUUUUAUAACCCCUCCCCCUCCGGAAUGGAUCCAUGGGACCUCGGCCUUAAUCCUGGAAAAGCAGCAACUUUGUUCCGCAGUAAGCGGUGUGCUCCUGUGGUAUUCUAUACCUAUGGCUCUAUGAUACAAUAAAAAAAAAAAAAAAAAUUACUACAUUCCUCCUGCAUCUAUCGUCAUAUAGCCUGAUACAGAUACAUGAAUUGAAAGGGUUAACACGAUGCUGAAAAAAAUAAGAAGCAAAGCCCGCCCGCGAAUUUUCAAAUCGGGCAUGUCGAAAUCAAGAUGCAAAUCCAAUUUAUGUGUGGGCAUGGCGGUUUUCCUUCUGUUAUUGUCGGUGUCUUUGCUCCACACCAAGCUGGGCGUACAUACGACCCUCGAGAUGAAGUCGCUCCAGGUAAGUACGUUUCCCGCUGGCAGAAAGGAACUUACAAGCAGAGAUACAGAAGCUAGGGUUUUAGAUAAAGCCUUCUCAACGAGGUUUGCUGACGACAGUUUGGAGCGGAGAGAGAAUUUGGAAGAAGAUUCGGAUGAAAACGACGCAACCGAGGAAUUUGAUGGUUUUGAGGACAAAAUUGAUGAAAUGGACGAGGAUGCGGAUGAAGGGAUGGGCGACAGUUUUGGAGUAAGUCAGGAGAAAGAUUUGGAAACGCAGGGUGCAGAGAAUGAUUCACAAGGUAGCGAAACAGAUGGGAAAAGUAAUGGCACCCCAGAGGGCCGUGAUAAUUCAGGAAAAAGGUUGGAGAGAACGGGGCAGAUUAAGAGUAUUACACGAGCAAAUAAUAGCGACGAGCAAAGGAAAACUACAGAUUACAUUCAAUCGAAGGAAAUGAGAACACAGAAGAUUGUAUCUCUUCGAGGGAGGGCAGGAUUAUUCUGGGAUCACGCCAUGGGGGUGACCAGAAAGGCCUUUCCGAAACGCCCACAAAGACUGGCGGCUAUUUCAAAUACAGCGAACUCAAAAUCUGGUCAUGGUCAAGAGUCUAAAAUUGAUAUUGAUAUUCAAAUUAACGGAGAGUGGGAGGAUGCAAUUGCUGAUGAUUCGGUGGCAGGUAGUGAUGAGAGAAUGAAACAGACAUUUAGUUCAGAUGACCAACCGAUUGACGAAGGAAUUAGGAAUGGACUAGAAGAAGUAUAUGCCAUUGAGGAUGCAUUGCUGCUCAAGGGUGGUGAAAGGUCGUCACCUCUCAGAAGUGGCUGGGGUCCUUGGUUUGACACUAUUCAGAGGAGAGCUUCCAAAAGUGAUUUUCUCAGACGGGACAAGAUGGCCAGGUCUACGGUUGACCUCUUGAAUCCUAUGAAUAACCCUUUACUACAGGAUCCAGAUGCUAUUGGAUCUGCAGGACUGACCAAGAGCGAUAAAGCUAUACAAAAAGCUCUGAAGAAGGCUAGCAUUGAGGGCAUUCCAUUUGUUGGAAAGCAAUCAUUUACUUCCAAAGAUGCGGCCGAAGAAGAAACUGGUGUUGAAGGAAAAGAACAAGUACGUGAUGCGGUGGCUCUUCAAAAGACACCGGAAGAUGGUAAUCUAGAUGGUGGUGAUGAGGCUUCUUUAAAGGAGAGGAACAAUUCUGAUAAUGAUGAUGAUGCAUCGUUAAAGACUGGAUUGCCACAGUUGACAAGAAAGGCUCUGGAUGAGAGUGACAACCAGAUUCGGUUAGAGAGCAAUGUGGACGGUAAGAGUAGUAGAGAUUUCACUGAAACUCUGAGAGGCACUGAGCGGAUACAGUCGGUCAUGCCAGAACAGGUAGUUGAAAGGGAAAGGAAAAAGCUAUCUAACCAAGACUUGGAGGACAACACGAGGUCCUUGGGAAAGAAUCCCGAGAGAAGUAAAAUAGAUACUCACAGAAGUAACUCAAGGAGGAACAAAUUACAAUUCCAAAAUAAAGGAAUUCAUGACAAAGAUAAAACUCGAGAAUUUAAGUUUCAGGCUUAUGGAAACGGUAAUCUUUUGGAUCAGAAAAACGGCUCGAGAGUUCAGAGUAGAGAUGUCUUCUCAAGAGAUAAUGUAGUGAUCUCAAAUAAGAGCACGACUGAAGAUGUGGAUGGAAUUGCCUCAAUUAAGAUGGGCGUAGCUCGUGGAGAUGCAAUGGAAAAUGCAAGGGGCAAAACCACAGGAAUUGAAAAUUAUGAGAGAAAAAUGCAGAGGCGAAGAGAGCCAAGGAAAUUGAAUUCAACAUCUAAGAAGAAGGCUCAUAGAAAGGUCCGCCUUGAUGGCGAUACAAGAAGAUGGGGCCAUUUUCCUGGCCUGGAUCCUCUGCUUUCAUUCUCUGAAUUUAUGGAUGAGUUUUUCCAAAAUGGUAACUGCUCCCUGAGAGUAUUUAUGGCAUGGACAACUCCACCAUGGUCAUAUUCUGUGAAGUAUCAGCGUGGCCUUGAAAGUCUUUUCUACUUUCAUCCUCAUGCUUGUGUUAUGGUGCUGUCUGAUACCAUUGAACUUGAUGUCUUCAACGAUUUUGUGAAUGACGGCUACAGAAUUGCUGUUAUCAUGCCUAACCUUGAUGAGCUGUUGGUGAACACUCCAGCACACAUAUUUGCUUCUGUUUGGCUUGAUUGGAGAAAGGUUGAUUUUUAUUAUAUCCAUUACACUGAACUUUUGCGGCUUGCAGUGCUUUACAAAUAUGGAGGAAUUUAUCUUGAUUCAGACAUUGUUGUCCUCAAGGCGCUUGAUUCACUAAACAAUACUAUAGGCACAGUAUCUCCUUCAAAUAAGGAUUUUACUCUUAAUGGGGCUGUGAUGGCUUUUGAAAAGCACAGCCCCUUUCUACUGGAGUGCCUCUCUGAAUUCACUGCAACAUAUGAAGAUAAUUUGUUAACGUGGAAUGGUGCAGAGCUUUUGACCAGGGUUGCAAAAAGAUCCAUCGAACAAAGUGAUCAAAGCUGGGUGCAUAAGGAUUUCAAAAUACAACCCCACCAGGAAUUCUUUCCUUUAAGUUUCUACAAUAUCUCAAACUAUUUCACAGCACCCAACACUCAAUAUGACAAGGAGGUGCAAGAAGUGCUUUUGAAUAGAAUUUUGAAUGAAUCAUUCACUUUGCAUCUCUGGAAUAGUGCAACAUCGAAGUUGGUUCCUGAAAGUGGCAGUCUUGUUGAGAGAAUACUAAACUACCAUUGCCUUCAUUGUACUGAUUUAUUGUAGUAGUGCCAAGAGAACUUGCUAUAUUAAUUCAUGUACACAGUUACGAUUUUCAAAGUGGCAUGAUUUUUCAGGAUAUAUCUAAAUUACGGAAGCUGAUUCAAACAUCAGAGGGCAAGGCUUUGAUUUCUUGUCUGUACAAGUGUGAGUUUAUAUAUAUGAAGUAUAAGCUAAUAUGUAUCCUGGGAAUGAAGGAUGCAAUCAUUCUGUAGGUAGGGCAUAUGUGAGCUUUAAAACAAAUGGCCAAUUCACUAAAAUUUAAGUUUCCAUUAUAAAGCUUUCAGCAGGAAUCUGGCGAAGGUGAAGGGUUGACUGACCACUACACUGCUUGAUUCGGAAGAGGUGUUCUCAUUUUUGUGAAUUACGAUGCUUGUAGAUAUGGGCAAGAUUUGUAUGUGCUUUUGCCAAUGGUCCAGCAUCUAGAAGGCAAAUUUAGCUUAUGUAAUCUUUAUCUUUGUAAUUUUAAAGGCAAGCUGUUUUUUCUCCACUGUAAUAUCCAUGAUUACUGCCUUACGCAUGUGCCUUUGAGUGUUGUUUCUGCCAUGCUGUAAUGUGCAGACCAAUUAACCAAUUUGAAAAAGUUACUUUAACCUCCAUAAAGGAGAGAAGAUUCCAUCCCUAGAAAAGUAAAACAAAUGGCAAGGAUACAAAGUUGGAAACUGCUUCUUCAUUGUCAGUUCACAUUGUGGAAACUUCUUCCAUAGACAGUCUUUUAUCUAUUUUGACAAUGAAUAUUCUCCUGUGCUUUCUCA